UUUACAAGGGUUGCUACAUUAUGUCUGGUGAACUGAGCAACUUGGUUGAAGAUAACAGUAUGUUUCUUUUAUUCUGCUAAAGUAAAGUAUCCCACACUGAACAACUAAAAUGGUGGGACUUUAUUUUUGCACAGUUCUGAAGGUUAGAAGUCCAAGAUGAAGAUGCUGUCGGUCUUGCCUUCUCCUGAGGCCUCUCUCUCCUUGGCUUGCAGAGGUCUCUUUCUCACGGUGUUAUCAUGUUUCUCCUCCUGGCCUCUGUGUUGUAUCCUAAUCUCUUCUUCUAAUGCUGAAGUCAUACUGAAUUAUGACCUACUGAUAUUUCACAACUUUCCUGUACUUUUUCUACAGAGGCCCUGUUUCCAAGUACAGCACACUUGGACGUAGUAUAGAUUAGCACUUUGCCUUGGGGAUUUGACAGGGACACCAUGCGGCACAUCGCUGUCUACCUUCUGGCCCCCCAGCUCAUGGUCUUUUAUACAAUCGGCCUCCCUCCCAUUCUGACAUCCACAAAUGUCUUAACUUUUUCCACCAUCGACUACAUCCAAAAUCUCACCCAAACAUCAUCUAAAUUAGGUAUAAGUGAGACUGGAGGUAUGAUUCAUUCUGACGCAAAAUUCCUCUCCAGCUGUAAACCUGAAAAGCCAGACAAGUUGUCAGCUUCCAAUGUGCAGUCGUGGGAGAGGCACAGAAUAGACGUUUCCACUGCAAAAAGGAGAAGUCACAAAGGAAGGGACCCCAAGCAACCGCAAGUGAAAAGGAAAUUCCUCUAGAUUUAAAACCACAGAAAAAUCUUCCUUGGCCUUUUCCCUGUCCUGCAGGCUCACUAGGAUGGAGUCACCAGACUUUUGACCUGGAAGAGCAUGGGCCUUGUCCCUUAACCUCAUUUCCCCCAAGAACAAACAUCCUAUGGUUUCUGAAUUUAAAUUGACAGUCAAACUACAUUCAGCUACGACAGUUACAAAGUGCCUUCCUGCACAUUCUCAAUGGGCUCCUGGAACACGUUCACUGCAUCUCCCUUCACUUGUCUCCCACAUGAACGGUCAAGCUGAUAUGGAGGGGCUAAUCCUGCACGGAGUUGCUACAGGAAGAAGAGAUCCUCUGAGACGUCUGAAUUAAUACUGACAAUCAGCAACUUUCAGCUUGCCAAAACAGGAAACCAUGGAUAUUGGAGAAUAUUUGGAAAGAAUUGGUUAUAAGAAUUUUAAGAGCAAAUUGGACUUGGAAACCUUAACUGAUGUAUUUCAGCACCACAUCAGAGCUGUUCCCGUUGAGAACCUUGACAUGCACUGUGGAGAGUCCAUGGAGUUGGAUUUAGAGACUCUUUUUGAUCAAAUUGUGAGAAAGAACCGGGGUGGCUGGUGCCUCCAGGUCAAUCAUGUUCUGUACUGGGCUCUGACCACAAUGGGGUUUCAGACCACAAUGUUGGGAGGAUAUGUUCACAUCUCUUCAGUUGAUAAUUAUAGCAGUAAUAUGGUUCACCUUGUAGUACAGGUGACCAUCAGUGGCAGAAACUACAUUGUUGACGCUGGGUUUGGACGCUCCUACCAGUUCUGGGAGCCUCUGGAAUUAAUUUCUGGGAAGGAUCAACCUCAAGUGCCUGCCAUUUUCCACUUGACAGAACAAAAUGAAACCUGGUAUCUGGACCACAUCAGAAGAGAACAAUACAUUUCAAACCCAGAAUUUCUUGAUUCUGAUCUUCUGGAAAUGAAGAAAUAUCGGAAAAUCUAUUCUUUUACUCUGGAACCUCGAACAAUUGAAGAUUUUGAGUCAAUAAAUACUUACCUUCAGACAUCCCCAACAUCAGUGUUCAAAACCAAGUCAGUGUGUUCCAUACAGACUCCAGAAGGGUUUUACUGUUUAGUGGGCUGGACUCUCACCUAUACGAGAUUCAGUUAUAAGGACAACAUAGAUCUUGUAGAGUUUAAAACACUGCAGGACGAAGAAAUAGAUGAAGUACUGAGAACAGUAUUUGGUAUUUCAUUACAGAAAAAACUUGUGCCCAAAUAUGGUGGUCUAAAAUAUUCUAUCUAGAUAAGCAACAGAAAUGUUCCUCAAUGUGCUAUAGAUAAUUAAACACUUUAGCAUGGAAAUCUCAAACAUUUUAACAGUUACAUUUCUAUAGCAAAGUAUGGUUAAAGGAACAAAAGCAAUUAUAUAGGACAUUCAGAUCACUGAUCAUUAACUGAUGAUUUAUUGCAUCCCCUCCACCCUUUCAACAUAAGACCAUUUCACCCAUAAAAAAUGUCAGCAGACAAAACUAAAUGACUUUUUAAAGAAAUAUAACCACCCACCUUUGCAAACUUAAUCAUACUUGUGAUUUAGUGGUGAUGUGGUUAUCUUGUGAACCAUAAUGAUUCAUGCUGGAAAGCUUUCUGGUAUUGAUUUAUUUCUAAAUUCACAGCCAAUUUGUACUGGUAGUUAAGGGUGUAGUAAGACUAUUGCUUCCACUAAACUCCACUAGUGUGUAUCUAAUGUCUAAUUUCUAGAAAGUACUACCUGUAAAACUGACGAUUUAAAUACAACAAAGAUUGAAACACAGUAAUCUAAUGGUCCUCAAGACAGCUCUCAAGCCGGGAGGAUAUGUUCACAUCUCUUCAGUUGAUAAUUAUAGCAGCUCUAAUACAAUGUGAUUAGGCGUUAAGAGAAUGACAAAGAAAAUAAUUUAUUCUAGGAUCCUUUUUUAACAGUUACAUUUCUUUAUAUACCGUUCUUCUAAAUGUGGGAGCAAUGAUAUUUAUAAUUUUUGGCUUGUAAAUUGAUGUGAUUUAUGUGUAAAAUAAUGAUAAUCAUAAAUGUGAAAUUCAUAUCAUGGAGAAUGUUUAUGUUCUCAAAAGUGUAUUAAAACAUUCCUAGCUAAUAUAAUGUGUAUCAACAA